AUGUCUUUAGCCCGCCAUAUCGACCCAGAAGAGCUUGUUGAGCGUCUCCAUGACGCCAACCUCACCGAGAAUGGCCGACAGCUACGCCAGAUGAUGACUACUUCUCAUCUAACACCUUAUGGUACCAAAUUUGCAAGCGAGUCGGCAGUGCCCAAGUAUAGGCUUCCAAAGGAGGGAACACCAGCAGAUACCGCCUACCAGCUAAUUCAUGAUGAAUUGGACCUGGAUGGUAAACCAAAUCUGAACCUUGCCAGCUUCGUAGGGACUUACAUGGAACCAAACGCCACCCAACUGAUGACGGAGAAUUUAUCCAAGAAUCUGGCUGACAAUGACGAAUAUCCGGCCAUGAUGUCUCUUCAUGAGCGUUGCGUUAGCAUCCUUGCUAACCUCUGGGGAGCUAAGAGGGGCGAGAAAGCCGUUGGGACAGCGACCACUGGCUCCUCAGAGGCUAUUCACCUAGGAGGCUUAGCAAUGAAGCGUCGUUGGCAGGAACAUCGCAAAGCAAAGGGCUUAAAUACUUAUAGUCCAAAUAUCCUCAUGGGUUCCAACGCGCAGGUCGCCCUGGAGAAAUUCGCGCGCUACUUCGACGUCGAGGCACGUAUUCUCCCGGUUUCUAAGGAGAGCAACUAUCGGCUAGACCCGAAUCUUGUGGAGAAGAAUAUCGAUGAAAACACGAUUGGCGUAUUCGUCAUUCUAGGAAGCACUUAUACCGGUCACUAUGAACCGGUGGAAGAGAUCUCGAAAAUUCUCGACGAGUAUGAGGAGAAGACAGGCAUCGAUAUCCCAAUCCACGUCGAUGCAGCAUCUGGAGGGUUUGUUGCGCCAUUCACUCAUGCCCAAGCCGGCGGGCCGAAGUGGAAUUUUGAACUUUCACGAGUCAAGUCCAUUAACGUGUCAGGUCAUAAAUACGGACUCGUAUACGCCGGCGUCGGUUGGAUCGUCUGGCGGGACGAAGCUUACCUACCACAGCACCUAAUUUUCGAGUUGCAUUAUCUAGGUGGUACCGAGAAGUCUUUUACACUGAACUUCUCCCGACCCGGUGCGCAGAUCAUCGUGCAAUAUUACAAUAUGAUUCACCUCGGCUUCAACGGGUACCGCGAGAUCAUGGAGAAUUGCCUCCGGAAUGCGCGCCUCUUAUCCAAGAGCCUCGAGGCUACCGGAUGGUACACGUGUGUCUCCGACAUCCAUCGCCGAGCGACCGCUGCAUCUAGUGUGAUAUCGGGCACGAAACAUGCCGUCCUCGGCGAGGAGGGUGAAACCUCAGCCGACUACGUAGCCGGGCUGCCAGUUGUGUCGUUCCGACUAACAGACGAGUUCAAACGGGAGUUCCCACACAUCAAGCAGGAAUGGGUAUCGCUACUCAUGCGCGCGCGCCAGUGGAUAAUACCCAACUACGCGCUUCCGCCCAAUGAGGAUAAGAUCGAAAUCUUACGUGUAGUCAUUCGUGAAUCCAUGAGCCUGGAUCUCCUGGACCGUCUGAUUGCGGACUUGGUAUCUGUAACGGAGACUCUGAUCGAGAACGAUGAGGUCGACCUGUCGAUCCUCCAGAAGCAGAAGCCGACGGGAGACAGCCGGCCGCGUAGGGACGCUAGUAAAGGGGGCCUUUCGGAGGAGUCCACUAAGGUGCUUGAGGGGAAGGCGGCGCGACUGGCGGAGGGUAUUCACAGGAGCGUCUGCUGA